AUGACGCCUUCUCCUCCACUGCCUCCAGCGGUCCAAAAAGACUUGGAGGACGUCGGGAAGUGGCUGGAGUCAAAUCCGGAAGCCUUCGAAAGAUGUGAGGACUGGCAAACGAGAUUUUUAAAAACGAUUCAAGUUCUAUCUGAGAAUCUACCUAUACGAUCUUUGGAUAAAGUGUUGUCCUCUUCACAAAGAUCAUCUCGAGAAGAAAGAUCAAAACGAGCAAAACAAGGCAUCUAUCUAGUACAGUAUCUAUUUCAAGAGAGUAUCAGAGAUGACAGUAGAGAUCCCUAG